CAGAAUGUCGUUCCACCCGCGACUCGGUUCUCUGUGCGUUGGAUGACUGUAAUGUUUGUAAAUUAGUGUCGUGUGAGGUGUUCUGUGGACGUAAUAUUUGGAAGCUGUUUCCAAAUAUUGAGAAAUGGCGGGUACUUCUUACACGGCUUCACUUCGAGGAGGUGGCCCGUGGGGUUUUCGACUGCAAGGUGGCAAAGAUUUUGGCAGUCCUUUGGCGAUUUCGAAGGUAUCACUCGAUGUAGUUUUCUAAUUCAUAGGGUAGUUCGAAUGACUGGGGUGCAAUGUAAUUGUGUGUUUAGCUAAACCUGACUGAUUUGCACGCGAUUUCGACGCUCUUCUUUAUAGGUGACACCAGGUUCUAAAGCCGAUCUUGUUGGAAUAAAAUCAGGGGAUUAUAUUCGCGAGGUAAAUGGUGACACCACGGAGAACAUGAGUCAUUUCGAAGCUCAGGAUUGUGUCAGGAGGGCUGGGCAGAAUCUCGACUUACUGCUUGAAAGGUAAGAUAAUAUGCCAAACUGAAUGAAUUUCCCACAGCUUUAAUAGCUUUCAGGUCUACGUAAAAUUAUGACCGGCUUUUAGCUCUGAAAUAUGCGUUCUUCAAAUUGCGGUAUAUCGAGUGUUCUGCGGUGAAAUGAACAACCUUCCAUAAUUUCGUGUCGUUUGUCUAUUUGGAUAAAUUCACACCAGGGGACAAUAAAAAGAACUUAUUUGCAUAUACUUGGCGAGUAACAAACGCUUUCCAUGGAGGAGAAACGUUUUCUCUUCGUGAUGACCAUAGAUGGAAAUAUUCCUUCAGAACAGUUACGUUGGGGAAAAGGAAUUGGCUAGUGAAAUGAGCAACAAUUCUUGUGGGUGUAAUGUAAUUCGAUCGUGAUGAAGCUUUCCGCAGAUAGUGGACGCCAAGGUUGACUGUUGAUUAAAGAUUCUUGAAAAUGUUUGCCAAACUAACGUCUUUGUUCGUUCUGAACAUCUAUCUCUCCGGGGCUGUUGGUAAAAAGCUCUCGAGUGAUUAUUUUCGCUUGUUGUUCUUUGUAAAAGCAGUGUACGAUCAAUCGAGGAGAAAGUGAUAGAAAGUGAUAUACAGUAUGAAGCACUUUUUGUUGCAGUUUCUUGCGCAUAUUUUCAAAACACAUUGAUUUUCCUGCACUCCAGAAUUUGCUGCACCCGACAGAUUCAAAGCGAGGUGUAUGUUAAAAUCAGUGAAUAACUUUUUCCGUGGGCAGUACUUGUUUAUUAUAAAUACAAAAGUUCAUGUAAAUUUUAUUGUGCCUCGAUUAGUAAGAUUUUGGCAGAGUUCGAUCCGAUUAAAUCUGACUUUGCAGAGUCUAUUUUAGUAUGUUCGAAAGGUUUUUUAGCGUUUUAUAAACAAUCUUUGGUAGUCUUUGACGAUUAAUUAUCCUGUUACUGUCAGCGGGUAAUUCUUCGGCAAAAAUUGCCGGUUCGAAUGUGAAGAUUAAUUUUAUCUCAUGAAUAUCUUCGAUUAGUGAUUCUAGAACAUGUCUAUUCCUUGUUUGGUAUUCUCGUGUCAAAAGAAUGUGAUAUUUUGAGAAGACCUAAACAAUGAUGUGAAAUGUGUUCUAAAAAUACUUUUGUUUCUUAGAGAAACAUGUAACAAUUUAUUACAUGAGCAAAUUUCAUUUCGCCGCAGGAACCUUAUCUCUUUGUUAAUUUAUGUGAGUGAGUCAUCCAUAGAUAAAAUCCCUUUGUUUUAAAUCUUGAGUUCUUCUGAAGAAUUGGAAAAUUGUAUUGAAAUCAGGAAUUACGUUGUCAUAUUUAGAUGUCUUGGUUUGAAGCAAGAAAUAAAUGUUGGUUCAACACCUAAUCUUUUUACUAAGAAAUACAACUUUUUUACUAAGAAAUACAAGCUUUCUUUAUUAUUUAUAAUUAGUACAGACUAAUAAUAGAUUAAGUUACCUGAUGAUGAGCCACAUUUGGUUGGAUAGCUUCCAAGCCUUGACUGGUUUGCCUUGCACAUGGAAUGACUCGCGUGAAUGUCUCUUUUAUGUAUUACCCAAGAAAGUGAGUUGGCUUGUGAUGCUUUUUCAUAGCCUGCAUAGCUUGCAAUCCUAUCAGCACUGCAGAGGUUUGUGUGGGCCUAGUGAUGAGUGUUAAAACUGCAUCUGGAAAGAAAAAUGCCCACCUAUGAGAAAGGCGGUUUGUCACCCUCUUUGACAGCUUCUUAGUUAUUCCAUCAAUACAAGUGAGCAUAACUGAUGGUUGGUAAUAUGAAACUGGUAGCUUUGUUAACAUUCAUGUAAAGUAUAUUGAAACAAACUUAUGGAGGCAGUUAGUGGAAAUUAAUGGUGGUUUGUGGAAACACCUCUGAAAGGGCCUCUAAGUAUAUGGGAAACUUCUGAAAAAUAUAAUGUAUACUGGGUCAUGAGUCAAGCUCGAGCCCAAGUCAAGUUCAAGUCACGAGUCAAGUUUCAGUCAACUUCAAUUUUUCCCUUUUUUUUGCUUUUAAUCUUCUUGUUUUCUGUUUAGCUUUGUUUUGAUUUCUCUGUCAAAAUGAUGUAUCAAGGAAACAAGAACACCUUGUUCCACACUUAAAUUGUUUUUGUGGCCAUUUGUAAGGGUUGAUUCUGUACUGCUUCACAGCAGUGUUCAAAGAAGUAAACAUUCCAAGGUAUCGACAAGUUUUCCCCAAGGAUUCCAAUUUCUUUUGAUUACAUACCUAAGACAGAAGUUCUAUUUCAAUGACAAACUGUCUUAACUGACUCAGAGUAUUUAAAAAAAAAAACUUGGUACUGAUUUCUUGCACUCGACUGCCAUCUUGCUUCCACUGGGAUCCCAUACAUGUAGAAGAGUAACACUUCAAGCUAUCUCAUUUUCUCCUUGGCCAAAAGUUUGGAAAAAGUUAUUAUUCCUCUGGAAAAUGUUUGUUUGAUUUAUAAGUUUCCCUUGUUAAAAAGUUUUGAAGCAUCACCAAGUUUUGGAGACAUUGUUACAGGAUGUGUGGAAUAUCUAAAGCAUGAUAUACAUAGUGUUGUAUGCAUAAGAAGAAAUUGAUAAUUAACAAGACAAAUUUUUUUCUUAGUUAGAGCAUCAGUUGUGGUUAUUACAGGGGUUUUAUGUGUCUUAACGAACAAUAACAGCCUUUUAAAUGUUUUGUAAAUUUUGCGACAAUUCUGUAACACUUAAAAGGUCUGAGAGCACUUAGCAACAAUUUAGAAUGCAGAAAUUCUUGUCUGUGGCAAAAUUGAUACAGAGGAAAUAAGCUGCUUCAACUGAAGUAAAAGGUGAAUAACUUCAUAUUUUGCCAAGAGGGGAAAUAUUGAAGUUACUCCUGACUCAAACUAGACUCACUCUUUCACUCUUGAAAUGUAUAGAAAAGUAUGGAGAAUGUUGAGAUGUAAUAGGAAUGCAAGAAAUACUGCAAAAAGGUAUCAAUAAUUUCCUAAUUAAAGACUGAUCUCAGCGCCAGAGUUAAAAGUAAUGUUUUCUAUUCGGUGUUUGUCAGGAAAGAGGGGACUAAAACAGUUACAGUAACAGAAACUGUACACUCUGCAAAGGUGGAUCACAAAUUUAAUGCAAGGGCAAAACCCUUUGGUGCAUCAUCACCUCCAACUCAGACCCCGCAGCCAUCAGUUCCAGUUGCUGUCCACUCAUCUCCAGCAGGUAACACAUCCUGGCAGCCGCCAACAUUCCAGGCUCAACGUGCUCCUGUUGCAAAAACUGGACCAGCAGGAUUGUCAGGUCCCCCAACUCCUCCACCGCCCCCAAAUCCAGCUACUUAUGCCAGGUGAUGAUGGUGUAAUUUUGACCACAAUGUGUACAAAGGAGAAUUCAAACCUCAGCCAGUUCUUUGUCUGAUUUUUUGAGUCAGAUGCUCUGUUAUUGGAGCAACAGAGAACCUUUUUGGUAAUCUUUGGUUAGUAUUGGCAAAGAAACCAGGUACACCAAAUCAAAUUUUCUAUUAAUUUUGUGGUUGGACUUUUUGUUUUAGAGGAAGCGCUGAUCACCCAGACAGUGGAGUUUCAAGACCAAGCUAUGAUGACAGAGAUCUUGCUCAACAUUUUAAACUUGAUAUCAGUGAUGAUGGAGAUGGUGAGAGAAUGAUUUCUUAUGGUACAAGUAGCAACAGAGUAUUGACCUCUAAGAGUGACCAGCAUCUAAUUUCUCUGUACAAUAUCACCCCAAGAAUCAAAAUAGUGAAGGAAAUGAUAAUUGACUAAAAAGCUCUUGAUUGUUAAACAAAUUCUCAUAGUCAACACCUUAGGAAAUGUGUAGAGACCAUUGUAGAGAAUAGGCAUGGAUGUGAGGAUGUGAAGGGGGCACUGUGGAAUUGUGCGUCAGGGACUCCUUACUAAAAGACGUGGGAAUCUAUGAACACUUUUAUUUGAUGCUGAUAGGUCAGUUGUGUGCCAAUUAAGCCCAAUAAAGUUCAUGACGCGCAAAUAUCAAACCCAAAAUAGAAUUAUUUUUGUUUUGUUUUCUCAUGUCUAAUAGGCAAAUUUACCUGUAAAUUUCAAAAGAUCUCUAAGAGUCUUUUGGCAGGGACAAAAUGCUAUGUCAAAAAAGCCAGAAGGUUUCUUUUUUUAACAGAGAAACAACCAUUUAGUGACAAGUACCAAAAGCUCUUUUCGUUAACAUGUUGUUGUUUUUUCCAAUUAGUGGGCUUUGCUGAUGAGCCACCAACUUGGGGUCAUCCACCAGAUCCCAAAGUCCAGUCCAAGUCUUUUAAGAGACUUCAGAAACAUCUGCAGGAAGCAGAUGAGGAUGGUAUGUAUAAAGUGCUUGAAUUCUUCAUAUUACCUUUAAAUUCAAAAGUGCCACCCUCUCAAGAAAGAGUGAGGCCAGGCUCUCCUACAGUUAUUUGAAUUGAUCUAUUAUUGAAGCAACUUUUUCUUGAUUAAUAAAAGUUAUCUUAGGUUUGCAUUGGGUUUAUACUACUUUGCUCUAUUAUUGGUUGGGAGAAAUAAUGCACCCUCUCAACCAAUUAGAAGCAAAAGUGAAAUCAAUCAUGACUGGGGUGCCCCCCUUUUUUCAGUACUUGGAACAGUUUUCUGGUUGUUAUCUUGAAUUUUCAUGGCUCAUCUUAAUAUUUUCCUUUGCUCUGAUUGGCCAUCAUGACAUCUUUGGUUUUGGUCAUAAACCACUGAAAGUGCUCUGGCUUUCUAUUACAUGUAUUUAAGCCUGGGCCUACUCUGGUUUUGAACAAAGACUUAAAAGCCGGUAUACAUAAGUUAGUAGUGAUGCAAAAUCUGUUUACUGUUUUUGUUCCUUUUGACAGAUUUACCUCCACCUCCCCCUGAGGCUUAUAAUGAACCUGAGGAGGAUGCAGAUAAGCAAGUGCAAUCAAGAACUUUUAAAAUGCUUCAGGAUGCUGUGGAAGGAGGAGGUUGAUAUGAUAUUUUUUCUGUCUAAUUUACAUGGAUAUUUUUUGAUACAUAGAGUCACAAAUGAAUCAAGCAAAUAAAACUAGAGCAGUGCAUUUGUGUCUGCUGAUGAUAACAAAUAAAGUACUUAUUCACACAGGUGAACUGCAAAUUGCAGAAAAAAAAUUAUUUGAUUUUAUUGACUGAUUUGAUUUUGUGAAUUGGCCACUGCAAAAAUAUUAUGAAGGAUGAUGUUUUGAGGGAUAGACCUUGGUCAGUGUGAAAAUCAAUUUUUUCCAAUGAAGGACUAACAAUAAACUUUUCAGCUUUAGAAUUUCCUUACAAUAUAGCCAACUAACUUUGUCAACUCAGUUGAUCAAACCAAAUUUCUAGUAAUACUGACCACUAACUUGGCACCACAGUUUCUUUAGAAACUUACCACCUUUUAUAGAUGUACAGAAAAAGAAGCUUGUAGAUUUUUGGUUGUUCUUCACUGCAGAUCUGAAUAAGUUCAUUAAAAAAAUGAUUCAACCAAAGGCUGGUGAUAAGAUUAAAUUCCAAUCAUUGACAUGCCCCCAACAAUACUCCCAACUAAUACAGUACAUCAAUAUUUAGAGAUGACUUUAAGGCUUUCACUAAAAAUUAAAGUUUUCUCAAGAUAUCUUCAUCUUCUAGUCUCUAGAAAGACUUAAAUAUGCAACCUAUAAGGCUGGAAAAAAAUGUUGAAUUGUGUUCUAGUGUUGAUUUAUUAGGAGAGGGCAAUUGAUGUAUUACAUGUACAUGUAUUUUUGUUUUCAUGCAAUUUGUGAAAAUAACUGGUAUGGCUAAUCAUCUUCAGAGGAAGAGGAAACUCUUAACCCAUAACUUCUUAACUUCAGUAUGCACAUUCUCCAUACUGCUCUCUAUAUAUUUCUUAAGAUGCUGACAAGGAGCAUUUGUUUAACAGUCAAGAGUUUCUCUGCUUGGUGAUCAUUUCCUUUUUUCAAGUGACCUUCGUGUGUGAUUCAGGGGCGAUAUUAUAGGGAGAAAUUAGAUUCUAGUGACUCUUAGGGGUCAAAGGGUUAAUGAUAUUACCAAGUGUUUAAUCCUGUUAUGCCCAUCACUAUGAAUGCCUUUGUUUGAAAUUUAAUUCAAGACGGAUGUGCUAUGUUGUCAGUGAAGCCAUACCAGAAAACCUGAAAAGUCAACACAUUUAAUCUUAUGCUCCUAAAAGACAAUUUUUGGGAUAAGAUUACUUCUUUUUAUACAAGUUGUUCUUUUAUAUUUUGUCAUGUUCAGCUGAGUUCAGUGAACCUUUUUAUCAAAUUUCCUGUGAUAUCUUCUUUCUAGUAUAUGUUACCUUUAAUUUAUUAUCUGUGGCAAAGGGUUUUGAGAGAAAUAACAUCUUGAAAUGAAGGAUAUAAAUAUUUUUUGAGUGUUGAACAACUUCUUUUUAUAGAUGCUCCAGGGAGUGUCUUUGACAGGCAGAAGGCAGAUCGCUCUAAGCCUUCCAAUACUCCGCUACCCAAAAUGUACAGACCCAAUCCACCUGUUAUCAAACCUGCUCGGGAUAUGCCGGUGGCUCCACCUGCGCCAGUCAUGGCCAGGCCAGGCCAGCCUGCCCCUGUUGCAUUACCAGGGAUGGUUCAGAUGAACCAGCCGUCUGAGCCAGUGCGGCAUCCAACACAGAAACUACCAUCAUCUGCCUCUCCUGCGGCAUUGUCUCCUACAUCAUCCCCUGGGCAGCCUGAAUGGAAGAGGACACCUUCAAAGCCCCCUUCUGCACACUCCGUAGAGGAGACCAGAACUCCUUUUUGUGAUGCUUGUGGAGAGGAAGUUUUGUAAGUUUUUUGUGGCUAAGAUAAUUCAGACAAGCCUCUAAAAGUUUUCUGUGGAGGAGUUUAUUUCUAUGCAGUGCCUGAAGUUUGUAACAAUUGGGUCAUUCUGUUGAUGAAUUGAAUGGAAAACUAAAACCAGAUAUGAUUGGUUCAACAUGUUUUGCUGUGCAUGAUGUUAUUCUUACUUUGAUUUCUGAUUGGGCCUGUGAAUAAUUUAUAUUCCUCUGUUUGUGGGAUGUAUAGACAUGGUUCCACAGCUCAGGAAAAAGUCAGGAAAGAAUAAAUUUAAGUUGGUUUACGAAUGGAAUCACAAAUUUUCCUUUUCUUCUAUUUUCAGUGUUUUCUAACUUUUCAAAUUCUUUGAUGUAAAUGAUGUAAAUUGGAUCCUUUUUCCAUGGUACCACAAGGAAAAUUUUCAAUUGAUGUUCAUUGUUUUAUAUGGCUGUAGAGUAUGGCUGUAGAGUAUGGCUGUAAGGGGAGGUUCAAGGCCUAGAUUAGGAUUUGUUUGAUAUGUAAUUGUUAAUUCAGGUUAGGGAAACUUUAUGUUUGUCAUGAUAAAGUCAGGAAAAAGUCAAGGAAUUCCAAAAACUUAUGACUGUGGCAACCAUGAUAGAGUUAUUAUUCAGAUGUUGUAAGUCAAAGGAAUCAUCACAUUUAAGGGAGAGAACUGAAAACAACCUUACAACCUUGUAACCUUGCUGCAAGUGUUUCACUUGGCCCUUCAGUUCUAGUUGUCUGACAUCACUAAUGUUUUUUGUUCUUUUGUUGUAAAAUAGUGGACCUUUUGUGAGUGCAAUUGGUAAGGCAUGGCAUCCACAUCAUUUUGUAUGUGAUGGAUGUGGUGAAUCAUUACAGAACCAGGGCUUUAUUGAGGAGGGUGGAAAACUGUACUGUGAGAAGGACUUUAAUAAGUACUUUGCUCCUCAUUGUGAAACUUGUAAGCAGCCUAUAGUUGGGGUGAGUACAUCAUUUUGGUUAUUUACAUGUAUGCGUUUGUAGGCAAUGACGAUAAGAUAAAGCCAUAAAGAUUAUUGUUAUUCAUAGGUCUUAUUUACCAGUUAAAAGAAAGAUCAUUGGCAAAAAUGUUAGGGGUAAUCCAAAAGCAGUUUUCUUUAGGCAAUUUAUUAGGAUUUGUUAAAAACAAAUUAUCUAUUAGUUGGAAAGUAAUGAGUAGCAAUGCUUGAUUGAAAUAGUUUCAGGGAUUUCUUCAUCUUAGUAUUUUUUUAUCUGUUUGAAAAACACAGGUUUCAGUUUAAUCCUUUUCCUUUUCCACCGAUUAUCUUUCUUGGAACUGGUUAAUCAGACCUACAUGUAGUGUACGUAUCUUGAAGGCUCAAAAUUUUAGGAACAAGUCCUGUUUUCAGCCCUUAUUGAGUCUUUGUGUUGUGUGCUUGGGAAAGACACUUUACUUUCACAUUACUCUUUCAACCAAGGGUAAACUUGGUAAACAGCAAACUGUUUAGGAGGCCUGAUGAUUUGCUGAUAGGUAACCUGUAAUGGGGCAACAUCCCUCUGUAGAGGAGCAAUCUGCCUUGAGAAGUAGAGUGACUUUUGAAGGAUGCAUCACUCAUGGAAGGGAAAGAAAUGAAUAGACAAAGUUUUACAUUUAUUUAGUUGUUCUGUGAGAGAGAGAUCUGCCAGUUAUGUGAGAGAAUUUGUGCACCCUUCCUAAAAAGUUCAUCAUGCACACAAAUUAAGGUGUCAUAACUUCACUCAAAUUAAUAGUUACUAUGUAUUGUGUUAUGUAAGAGUGCUCCCCAGACAGAAAAAAUGGUUGAAAUGCUAUUGAUGAUAGAAUUUUUCCAUUGUUUAUAAAAGGAAAUAGGCAUUAAGAGUGAGUCUCUCUCUCUUACGGGGAAGAGCUUUUAGUAAGUUGUGUGAUAUGUUCAUGGGGUUAUUUAUGUUUAACAAUUAGUCUAUGAAUUGGUGUGUUGCUACUGCAAGGUAAGUUUAACAGGAGAACACACACAUUUUCAACUGGAAAUAACAAUUAGAUAAUGCAUAUAUUUUUAUCAGAAUUGUGGUCUUAAUUUACUCCUCUUAAACUUUGUCUGAAGUAUGUUUUUUUGGAUGGAACUUACAUCAGACUUUGAAACGGUCAGUAAAGCAGUUCUCUGACUACUGACAAGUGUUCUGUGAUAACUUAGAAUGCCAAUGUUUCUGUCUGCUUUGAGACAUGCUCAGAACCUUAGGAUAAAUUCAGAAUUCUGUGGAGCAUUUUUCAUAACUAUCUGGAAAUCCUUACCCUUUUGCACACUAAAAGAAGGAGUUAACACUUGUAGACUGUCAUUUCUGAUUUUGCCUUGUCCAUACAUAAACAUGUGUCUCCUAAGUUUGGCCGAGAGAUAUCGAUUGAAAGAAUGCUAUGAAAGUUUCUCCCUUCUUGGUCCUUCAAAUUUUGAAAUGGAAUGUCAUCAAGCACAAAAUUAAAAAAAAGAAAAUGGUUUGAAUCUAGACUUGAAAAUUUGUUCCUCAGCCUAUAAAGCACAUUACACAUUGAUCACUUAUCUUAGUGUCUGUAUAUUACUGAACGUAAGCCAUUUUUUCUCGUAAAUAAUAUAUAUUGUGCACUUUACAUUGAGAGAAUUUGCAAUUUGGCUAUAGCUCAAAGAGAUUGAGGUUUACGUGUUUGGGUUUGAAUUUUCAGUUGAAUUAAUUAAUUAUAAAAAAAUCUAAUGUUUUACAUUCAAAUUCAAAAUGAUAGAAUGAAUAGUUUUUCUUGUAUGUAAAACAAAAAAAAAUUUUUUUCUAAAAGCAUUCCUAACUCUUCAAGAAAGUUAGUUUUGUUAUGGCCAUGAAAUAAAUUAUAUUUUUAGUUUUGCACUUGUCCUACUGAAGCCUAAGUGCUGUCUUAAAAUUACUGUUACAGUCACGUGACCGGCUCGGGCAAUUGUAAAGUAGCUCUAAAGGUAGUGAUUUCACGGGAACAAAUAUGCAAAAAGUCGAAAGAGGGGAAUUCCUGUUUUGCAUAAAAGUUUAAACUGAGUUUUUUGGGUGACUGUGCGAAGCUCUGGUUAAGUACUUAAAAAUUUUGAACUUGUCAGAAGUUUAGUUAGGCAGUGAUUUUUUGCACGCGUGUCUUCAUGUUUAAGACAAACAUUUACAUGUAAAAAUAGGAAGGGAAGCGGUAUUUGUAGAAAAGAAGCGAAAUUACUAAAUAAUCUGACAAGAGAAUGCGGCACGCCGACAACCGAAACUAAGCAAACUUUUGCACUGUCUCUACCAAAAUGGUUGAUCUGGUGUGUGUAAAUUUAUUGCUUUAGCCAGCCGUUCAGUUUUUCUUUUAACACCGGCCUUGCUGUUAGAAUUGAUUGACAGUAAACUAGCGUGUAGUUACAACCCUUCACUGGCCUUAAGGAAACCCACUUCGAUCACAUUAAAGUGGAAUGGAGUUGCCUGAAUUUCUCUGGCUGAGAAGGAGAUGAUACUACGAGAGGAACAGUGAACAGACCGCUACUUUGGUUGUGUUCCAAAAAUACCGCUUUUAACGUGACCUAUGAGAUUCAUCUGUUUGCUCUCGAGGAGGAAAAGUGGAGGAUAGACUGACCAUCUCUCGUGCUUGGCACAAUAAGAACUGCCGGCUGUUUCAAGGCGUGUACAUCACGUGAGAGUCACAUGGCAAGAGGUUUUGAAAUGUCUACUUGGUGUACGAAAUUUCUAGUUGUGUCGAGGGAAAGGAGCCAUGCGCACUGCCUUAUGUAAAAGCCCAACUUUUCAAGACGUAGCUAGUCCAAGCAAAAGCUGUGCCACACCAUUGUAUAAACUUCUAUUUUCACUGCUAUAACAAACUGUUAGUAGAAAGCACUUAGAGAUAGCAUAGUUCAGUGAUCUCUCAUAGUAAUUCUUUAUAACCAUGCACGUAACUCGUUGCAUUUUAAAUACUUUCCAUUUCCACAAAUAACUGCCAUAGUAAACACGCUAAACUUCUUUCCUCGAAGGUAGAUCAGUGACGUCUUUGUGGAGCCGUUUUUGGGUGACGUUUGUCUCUGCGUGUUUUCCUCUCGAAAAAAAAAACCAACUUAAAAAAAAAAAAAAAAAAAAAUGGGAAACCCUUCACAUCGUCAUCCGAACGGGAUUUGUGCUGAAUGAGAGCGAGUGAGGGUCUCAAGUAACAGUGUAACGAGGGUAAUGCUUUAAAUGCUGUGUAACAACUGCAAGCACUUAAAUCAAAAAAGAAAUAACUUAUUACAACUAAGUAACCUGCUGCUCACCUGCACUGCACUGUUUUGUCGAAAAAAAAAUUCAAUAAGAUUCGUUGUUCUUUCAUGUUCAAGUUCUUUCAUGGAUUGCUCGGCCAGACUUCGGAGUGAAAAUUGAUCAUUCUAACAUGGUCUUUGUGACGCGAUGUAUUUAUUUUCCUAAAUUUGCAGCCAAAGAGUCUGCAUUCAUGCCCACCAGCGGUGCCUCCACCGUCAAGUGCAAUGCUUAAGGCAAUACGCGAGGGUUCCAUGAAUUCCAAAAAUCCUACAGAAGUCGCCGCAAAAGCGAAAAACAAAAGAUUUAACAGUGCGUUAACUUUAAAGAAAGAACCAGAGGAAAACCAGGCUGAAUGGAUGAAUGGCCAUCAGUCCAAUUAUCCUUCAUCCGGAUAUGGAAUAAGCUAUCUUCAGAAAAGAACCUCGUUUGAGAGUAAGAACAAUUUGCCGGCUUCCUCGGGAGUUUCAAAUGCAGCCAGGGUUGGAACUUCAGACAAUACUCGCGUAGAACCUGGGGUGGGGUCCAUACGGGAGAAAGUCGUGUCCUUAAAGGAAGCUGUUCGUAGCGCUACUGAACGAGAAGCUAAAGCCAGAGAAGGAAUACCUCCCGCUGUAAAACGCUUUAAAGAAGCGAAAAUUUUACUGGCAAAACUUGAGCGCAAGAGAUUCAUAGCCGAGGAUAAGGUGGCUAAGCUAGAAGAUCGUAUUCAGGAUCAACAAAGAAGAUUAGAUAGUAAAUACAGAUCUCUGAAUGAGAACUGGCAGGUAAACCAUAAGAUCGAGCGCCAGAAAUCAGACGACUUGAGGAACAUUAGAAACAUCGAGUAUGAACUGACGGAGGUGAAAGCAGCAAGGGAGGCUUCUAUGCUGCGCGCUCGCGAGGCGUCGCGCCGCGCCGUUGUCAUCCAGUCCGCGCUUCAAAACGCGGAAGACCGAAAGCGCGAGCUUUACUCGCGCAAACGCACGUUGCAGGACAUGUUGGAAAUGUACCGCAAGCGAAUGAAAGAUUUGAAGAACACGUACCAAGAGAAAGGCGCCACUGUAGAAAACAAAUUCCUACAGAUGAAGCUGAUGGAGGAUUACAUAGCAGAUAGCAACGAACGCUUUGGUCGGGCAGAGAGAAGGCUGCUACCUCUGAAGAUCUACAUCAAUCAACUACAUGAUUCCAUCGACCAGGCGCGAAACGAAACCCGCCAUGCAAGUUACCUUCUGGCCAACUGUCAACAGCGGCUGAAAGGACGAAAAUACACUUACUAUCCGUUUGAUAAAUAA